AGCAUAUUCCGAAAGCGAACCCUAUAUAUUCAAAAUAAGGCCCAAGUGGGAUAAUCCACCGUUCAUUCAGUUUCGGACCACUUAAAUGAACGGUCGAUAUCCCAUCAUCACUAAAGCCAUUUAUCCAACAGGGGCGCAUCUCUUUUCAAUUUCGUUCGACUCCGCAUCUCCCGCCUCUCUCCUGCAAAACCCCCAAAAAAAAAGAAAAAACUUCAAAUUAAUUUUUCUAUUAUAUUAUAUAUCAAAUUCCCCCCGAAACCUCGAAUCUCUCCUCUCCAUUUCUCUCUCCCCUUCUCUUCUCCUCUCCCUCCUCUAACCCUCGCGAGCUCGAAAAGGCGAAAACCCUAACCUCGCCAUGAACAAUUUCCACGUCUACGAGGCCAUCGGCCGCGGCAAGUACUCGACGGUUUACAAGGGGAGGAAGAAGAAGACGAUCGAGUACUAUGCCAUCAAGAGCGUGGAGAAGUCCCAGAGAUCGAAGGUUCUACAAGAAGUUCGGAUGCUUCAUUCUCUAGAUCAUCAAAAUGUGCUGAAGUUUUAUUCUUGGUACGAAACCUCUGCUCACUUGUGGUUGGUCUUGGAGUACUGUGUUGGUGGAAACCUCAUGAAUUUACUGCGGCAGGAUAGCAGAUUACCAGAGAAUUCUAUACAUGACCUGGCCUGUGACCUUGUUGAAGCUCUCCAGUUCUUGCAUUCCAAAGGAAUCAUUUAUUGUGAUUUGAAACCAUCAAAUAUUUUACUUGAUGAGUAUGGAUCUAUGAAGCUUUGUGAUUUUGGAUUAUCAAGGCGAUUCAGUGAUAUAGAGAAAAGUUCUCUUGCUGCGCUGCCUCAAUCAAAGCGAGGAACACCCUGUUAUAUGGCUCCUGAGCUGUUUCAAGAGGGUGGAUCCCACUCGUAUGCUUCUGAUUUAUGGGCCCUGGGUUGUGUGUUAUAUGAAUGCUAUGCUGGAAGACCUCCCUUUACAGGAAGUGAAUUCACUCAAUUAGUGAAAUCGAUAAUUUCAGAUCCUACGCCACCACUUCCUGAUAACGCGUCCAGGUCCUUUGAAAAUUUGGUUAAUAGUCUAUUAAUAAAGGAUCCUGCUGAAAGAUUACAGUGGCCUGAACUUUGUGAACAUAGUUUUUGGAGAGUAAAAAUCAGUAUAGUACCCCUGCCACCUCAGGCUGCUUUUAGUAAUAUGCUUCAGCUUUCUGCUAAGGCAUGCCUUUCAGAGAGAAAUGGUGAUAGACCUUCGCGAACAAAGACACCUGCCCAACACUAUCAACAUAAUGGAAACGGAGUUCACAAGCAGGAUGAAAAUUCUGCUAAGGCUUUUGAAACACCCAUUAAGAAUGCCCAAAGCAGCAGAAAAACAAACGCAAAACCUUCUGGUCGAGUUGAUGCUGCAAAAGGUGUGAAUAUUCUUAGACUAUCGAGGAUGGCUAAGUUGAAUUUGCAAAGAGAGAAUGAAAAGGAAAACUACAGGAGGCCUUUGCCAGAGACAUGCGAGAAUGAGGCUGAAGUUAAAAUCGAGAAUAAUGACAUGGAACUCGACUUCAGUGAGAAUCCUGAGGAAGAUGGACCCGAUGAUUCUGAAGGAUCUGAGACUCCUUCAUGUAAUACUGCAGAAAGACUUGCGCAAAAUGUUAAUGAAACAAGUGAAGAAGCAGAAAACAAUAACCAGAUUGACAUGCUCGUUGAUGAUAACACGGCUGGGCCUGAUGAUGUUAAGAAAAGCCAGCAGGAUGCAUGUUCUGAACAGCUAGAAGUGGCUGCAACUCCACCUAGUAGUAAUUUUAGAAAAGCUCAGCGUAUUAAAGCAGCUUCUGGGAGUGCACCAGAUACAGACUCGAGCAUUGCUUCUCAAGUAUUUUGGCACCCAUCAGAUCUUUCAGUCAAGCCCGUAAUGCCUAGUAGAAAGGGUGAUAAAGCUUUGGAUACAGUUUGCCACCUUCCAUUUGAAGCUCUUCCUGCUAGUGAUUAUGUUAAAUUGCUACCGGAGCAGUUGAAUGCACUCAACAGUCGUAUUGUCCAAUCUCUGAGUGGAAGCUCCCAAGUUUCAGAGAAACAGAAUGUCAUGAAGUACUUAGAGAUAUUAAGUGGGAAUACUGAUGCUGCAAAUAUCAUAACUAAUGGACCAGUGAUGUUGUUGCUUGUGAAAAUGCUGCGACUGUCAAAGUCAUCGACCUUAAGAGUUCAAAUUGCUUCAGUGAUGGGCUUGCUGAUACGGCACUCCACUAUUAUUGAAGCUGAGUUGGCAAAUUCUGGGAUUAUAAAUGCAUUGGUAGAUGGUCUGAGGGAUAAACAGGAUAAACUUAGGAGGUAUUGUAUGGCUGGUUUAGGGGAAUUGCUCUUUUACAUUUCGACUCAGGGUGAUCAGAAUGCCAAAGAUAGCAAUGCCCUCGAGUCUCCUUCAAAGGACAGUCGGUCUACAGCUAGUUGGCAGGUUUCAAAUUCUGUGGUUCAAUUGGUCUCAUCUAUCUUACGCAAGGGCGAGGAUGAUCUAACACAGCUUUAUGCUUUAAGAACAAUUGAGAAUAUCUGCAGUCAAGGAGGGGACUGGACUUCGCGCUUUGCUAGCCAGGAUGUGAUUGGAAAUCUCUGUUACAUAUACAAAGCAACGGGAAAGCAGGAGAGCACAAGGCUUAUUGCUGGGUCUUGUUUAGUCCGUCUAGCCCGUUUCAGCCCAUCAUGCAUCCACUUGAUGUUUGAGAAAUUGCCUGUUAAGGACAUUUCAUCUGCACUCACCAAGGGCAACCAACGUGAGCAGCAGAUCUGCUUAAAUCUUCUGAACUUGGCUUUUCUUAACAGCCAUGCUAUAACAAACAUAAGCCGCCUUAUGCAGUCUCUGGCAGAGGAAAAGCUAUUGGUUCCAGGUCUUCUCUCUCUUAUAGACCAGGGAAGUGAGGUUCUUCGUGGAAAAGCUCUUAUACUUAUUGCUCUUCUUUGUAAGAACAGCCGACGAUGGCUUCCACAUUUCCUCUGCAAUGCCAAAUUCCUCUCUGUUGUUGACAGAUUGGGGAAAGAGAAGGAUGGAUUCAUUAGUCAGUGUAUAGAAUCAUUUGUACAGUUAGUUAUUUCUGUAGUUCCAGGCAUACUUGACUUGGUUGCUGGAGAUGUACAGCAAAUGAUGGGCAGUAAACGCCAUGGAGCCAUUGCUGCCUUAUCUGGACGAGGUAAUCCAAAGAGUACUGUUCAUCUAUUCCCAGUUAUCCUUCAUCUUCUUGGAAGCUCAUCCUUUAAGCACAGGGUAGUAAGCAGCCAUGUCAUGCUCCAAUUAGCAAAUCUCACAAAGCUUUUAGAGGCACCAUUUCAGGGUCGAGAUGAUUUCCAAAUAUCGUUGCUGCGGGUACUUGAGUCAGUUACGGAGGAACCUUCUACUAUCAUUGAUGACCAUAAAAUAUUUGCAAGCCGGAUCCUUCCAAGUCUGUGCACGUUGUAUAAGGGCAACAAGGAUGGAGAUGCUAGGUUCCUGUGCUUGAAAGUAUUAUUCGAUGUGAUUGUUGUGAUCUUCAGUGACUCCCCGGUAACUGUUGAUGAGCAAACUGUAGAGAGCUUGAAAAAAAUAUCUCAUAACUAUUUUCUUCCUCUUUAUCCUGUGUUCAUUGAAGAUGAUGAUCCCAUUCCAAUGUAUGCUCAGAAGCUUCUGGUAAUGCUCAUUGAAUAUAGUUAUGUCAAAGUCUCUGAUAUUCUUCACAUAGAGACAGUUUCACAGUGCUUCCAGUUCUUGCUUGGGGAUCUUUCAAAUGCAAAUGUGAACAAUGUUAAAUUAUGUCUUGCUCUUGCUUCUGCUCCUGAGAUGGACACUAGGGUCCUAUCUCAUCUUCAUGUAAUCAGAAAAAUCGGCAAUCUCCUUGAGUUUGUGACUGCAAAGGAUAUGGAGGAUUUUCUGGAACCAACCUUGGCCCUUUGCAAGGCUUUCAUUUUGCGUGGCAUUGGUAGCAAUAAAGCCAUAGACCUUUCUAAAGAGCCGGCCCUUCUUGGUGACAAUGCCUUCGACAUGAGCAUUGCUGUCGAUCAACAGUGCUGCAUCAAAGAUAUUGGUGACUUUGGUAGCAAUGUAGGUGCCUUUCUUGAAUUGGUUGGAAGUGCCGAAACACAAAUUACGGACUUGGCAUCAGAUUGUUUGGUCUUAUUGCUUAAAGCAGCACCUCGAGAAGCUACCAUGGGCCUCUUGACAAACCUUCCUAAGUUAGUCACUCUCCUGGAAUCGUUGCAUCAUAAUGGCUCUGGAUUGCAGUUGCUACGCCUUUUGUAUGCUCUUGCCUUUUCUUGCAAACAGUACCUGUCACAGGCAAUGAUUCUAUCGAUACCAAUAACAGCCGUGAUGCGAGUAGAAGCUCUUGUUUCAGCUAUUAAGAGCUCGAGCAUUCCUGGUGUUGCAGAUGCUGCUGCUCAUUUAGGUGUUCAAUUGCAACGACUGCCUCGCGGCAUUUAAUCUGUAAAUCAUGGUGAAGAUCUCUAUGAUUUAACUUUGCAAUUGUAUAUGAGGUGAUAGUGUGGAUGCCCUUUUCAUCGCUCACAACUAUGUUGGAACCGGAAAGAAAAGGCCAAAAUAAUUUCAUGAAACUUGAUCUUGCUAUCAGCACCGCGCUUCAGUUUCCUCUAGCUGUCUUCUGGUGAGUUUGACUUCAUGUGACAAUCUGGGCAAGGUGUUUCUUUCACUUUCAUCAUCCAACGUUAUCCUGCAACGCACUUCUUCGAGAAGUAAGUAUACAGUGUUACUCGCAUUGUUUAGCUAUUGUAUCAGCAUUCACAAAGUUGGAGAACAGAUGGAGUUCGAAACUCUUAUUUGUUCUGCCCACAAUGGUUAGUAUAAUGGUAUUAUCAGUCUGUUGCAUAUAAUUCUGUACUAGUAAUAUUUCACAUGUAGUAUAGCUAUGUACUUGAAUUAUAUUUUUAUCCUUCAGAGAUUCCUGAAUAGAUAAUAACCAAGUUUAAGGAAACAAGGGAGCUUAUCUUGCAA